ACCACCACGAGUCUGAAGCCAGAGCUGUGUCCUCAGUUCGGCCUACCAUAUGCCGUAAUGCGAACGACAGUCAAGUCCUCCGAGCCCAUACCUAUAAGUUUUUCAGGUGGGCCGGAUGAUUAUUACCAUUUGGUAAUGGACUUUGCCGAGGUACUGCCGGCCACGAGCCGAAGGAACCUGACUAUAAAGAUCAAUGGCGAUGAUUGGUACGGGCCCUUCACUCUCGACUAUCGUGACGUGAUGGCCAUAUUCACACAGCAUCCCGAGCAGUACGCCCAGUACUCUUUCUCGGUGGAGGCAAACAACGGACCUGACUAUGGCCCCAUUUUGAACGCCUUUGAGGUCUUCAGGUUCGUCCGGCCCGGUGGGGCUGCAACUCUUCCUCAAGAUGUUGCUGCUAUGAAGGCUGUAAAAGAUUACUACAAAGUAAACAAGAGUUGGAAUGGUGACCCUUGCUUACCCACCGAUGCUCCUUGGGAAGGGUUGACCUGCAACCUCGAUAAUGCGUCUUCUCCAAGAAUAGAAGCUCUCUGGGCUGCUAUAAUACUGUCAUUGGUGAUCAUCAUAGUCAGCCUGAAGAGAAAACUGAAUGGACUGGAAUAUCUGCACGUUGGAUGCAAAUCACCAAUAAUACACCGAGAUGUGAAGACAAGAAACAUACUCUUAAACGACAGGUUGGAAGCAAAGAUUGCAGACUUUGGCCUAUCGAAGAUCCACACCGCAUACUAG